UAAUCCAAAACCGAACCAAAUAGCACCACCACCAUCAUCAUCACAAUCACCACGAGUAGAAGAACAGAUCUCAGCUAUGAAAAUCCGGUCCAUCAAGCUCAAGGAAACUAACAAGACCAACGGAUCCACCUCCUCCUUCUGCUCCAUCAUCUACGACCUAGAAGCUCGCCACGUCAUCACGUCCUCCUCAUCCGAUCCGUCCAUCUGGAUCCACGAUCUCACCCUUCACCCUCCCAAACCUCCCAAGAUCCUCCGCCAUCACAAGGACGGAGUCUCUGCGCUCGCCCUCAGCCCUAAUUCCACCUGCCUUGCUUCCGGCUCCAUCGACCAUUCUGUCAAGCUCUACACCUUCCCAGGUGGAGAGUUCCAGACCAAUGUAACCAGGUUCACCUUGCCAAUCCGUGCCCUUGCUUUUAACAAAUCGGGUACCUUGUUGGCUGCCGCUGGUGAUGAUGAUGGCAUCAAACUAAUUGCAACCAUUGAUGGUUCGAUCUCGAGGGUUCUCAAGGGCCAUAAAGGACCGGUCACUGGCUUAGCUUUUGAUCCUAACAGUGAGUACUUGGCAUCUAUUGAUGGCAUUGGCACUGUCAUAUAUUGGGAACUAUCUUCAGGAAACCCAAUUCAUACCCUUAGAGGCAUAGCCCCUAAUUGUGGUUCAGAUGCCUCGGUUUUGAAUGUACUGAGUUGGAGUCCUGAUGGUGAAACCCUAGCUGUUCCGGGUUUGAAAAAUGAUGUAGUUAUGUAUGAUAGAGAUACAGCAGAAAAGCUGUUUUCGUUGAGAGGUGAUCAUGGGCAAUCUGUUUGUUUCUUAUCUUGGUCGCCUAACGGGAAAUACAUGGCCACUUCUGGCAUGGACAGGCAAGUUUUAAUUUGGGACGUUGAUCAAAGGCAGGAUAUCGAUAGGCAGAAAUUCGAUGAGAGAAUAAGUUGUUUGGCUUGGAAACCAAAUGGAAAUGCUUUAGCUCUUAUUGAUGUUAUGGGCAAAUUCGGUGUGUGGGAAUCUCCUGUUCCUUCAUGUAUGAAGUCUCCUACAGAUGGUGCUCCUAGUUUACAAUCGAGGAUCACUAACGGGCUUCUCUUAUUUGAUGAAGAUAUUCAGGAAUCUAACAGCUCUGGUAGUUUAAGUGAUAUUGGUGAAGAUAGUCAAGGAGAAUCUGCUCCAGUUACAAGGAAAAGACUACGGAAACAAUCUGUGUUUGAUGAGGAUUUGGAAGAAGAUAGUGAUGGGCCCAUGGGCUUGCUUCCUCAGACUGUAGCGCAUAAAAAAGUUCGCAGCAAAGUUGAAGAAAACUUAGAAGAUGGAAAAGGAAAAGAGGAGCUUGGAAGUGUAGUGAAGUUUAGAAGAUCAAAGAUGCAAGAGGCUUUUCAGCCAGGGUCUACACCCAUGCAGGCUGGGAAGCGGCGCUUUCUUUGCUACAAUAUGCUUGGAAGUGUAACCACGAUCGAAAAUGAAGGAUAUUCCCAUAUAGAGGUUGAUUUUCAUGACACAGGGAGAGGUCCAAGGGUACCCUCCAUGACUGACUAUUUUGGUUUCACCAUGGCUUCAUUGAAUGAGAGUGGUAGUGUCUUUGCAAAUCCAUGUAAGGGUGAGAAGAACAUGAGUACUCUCAUGUAUCGGCCAUUCAGUUCCUGGGCUAAUAAUAGCGAGUGGUCUAUGCGGUUUGAAGCAGAGGAAGUGAAGGUUGUGGCACUUGGUACUGGUUGGAUAGCUGCCAUUACAAGUCUUAAUUUUCUUCGCAUCUUCACCGAGGGUGGUUUGCAGCGGUAUAUUCUCUCUCUUGAUGGACCAGUGGUGACUGCAGCAGGCUUCAAAGAUGAGCUGGCUGUUGUCAUUCAUGCUUCUGACUGUCUUUCUUCGGGAGAUCAGAUGCUAGAAUUUAAAGUAUUCAAUGUUUCUAAUGGAACCCAGCCCAUCAGGGGUCGCCUUCCACUGACUCCUGGUUCAUGUCUAACAUGGUUUGGUUUUAGUGAAGAUGGCCAGCUUAGUUCAUAUGAUUCCAAGGGGGUGCUGAGGGUGUUUACUAAUCAAUAUGGAGGCAGUUGGCUUCCAGUCUUCAGUGCCAGUAAAGAGAGGAAGUCAGAAGAUGAGAACUAUUGGAUUGUGGGAUUGAAUGCAAGCAAGUUAUUUUGUAUUGUAUGCAAAUCCCCUGAUUUGUACCCACUGGUGACGCCAAAACCAGUUCUUACGCUACUUAGCCUUUCAUUUCCCCUUGCAUCUUCUGAUUUAGGAGCCGACAACCUUGAAAAUGAGUUUAUAAUGAACUGCCUACAUCUCUCACAGACUCAAAGAAAGAUUGAAGACAUGGAAGCUGCUGGCCUAGACACCAUGGCACUAGAUGAUGAGGCUUUCAACAUGGAAGCAGCGCUUGACAGAUGCAUCUUAAGGCUUAUCGCCAGCUGCUGCAAUGGUGAUAAGCUUGUGAGGGCUAUGGAACUUGCCAGGCUACUGUCACUGGAGAAGUCGCUGAAGGGUGCGAUCAAGCUUGUUACUGCCUUGAAGCUUCCAAUUUUAGCAGAGCGGUUCAAUGGGAUACUAGAGGAAAGAUUGUCAGGGGCAGUGGCAUGUCCAACUUCAGCUUCUAAUGCAUUCAUUGGAGAUAAAACACAUGGUUGCUUGCCCGUAGCCGAAAACCAUAGAGCAUCAGAACCACCAAUCUCAUUACCUCCACCAAGGUUUUCCUCACCUCAAUUCUCAAAACAAGAGAAAUCAGAAGAGAAGGUUAAGAUUGGAGGGAUGGAAACCAACAAAAACUCUGGUCAUGGAAAUGCAACGGAAGUGAGCAGUCAGGUCCAGUUUCAGCAGCCGAUGAAUCUGUUCUCAAAGGCUUCUAACAACGAUGGGAAGUUGAAAGAGAAGGCAAAGGUGGGAGGAGAGAAGACGGAAUCGAAUACAACUGCCAGUGAGGGGUGUGCUAAGGAAGAUGGCAACCGGAUACAGUUUCAACGGCCAAUAAAUCCGUUUGUAAAGGCAUCUAACAACCAGGAGAAGUCAUCUCUUUUUGAUUCUCUUAAGAAGAUGAAGAAGGUUGAUGAUGUAGGGAAAAACAAGGGAGGAAAAUAGGGGCAGUUCAGUUUGGCAACUUCCACCACAAACGAACUGGGCCCAAGAAAGAACAGGUGCCUUGCAUUGCUCAUCGCACUCCAGCUUGUGAUUGGUGAGUUUCUGUUAUUGCCCUGAAGUAACAAAAUCGUGAUAUGAUUGGGAUAAUCAGCAUGAAUGAUGGCAGCAAUUUUGAUGGUGAUGAUGUGAUUGGCUGCAUUGCUGCUGUUAGAUGCUCCCCAAUGAGCCAUGGUGCAGAUCAUCUGGUAGAAUGCUGGAAUUUAGCUAUAUUUAUCAGCACUUGUUGGCUAUUCCUCAUUGUAUGGCUACAAAUAUAGUGUUAGAUUUACUUGUAUGGGUGCAGCUCGUGUAAUGAAAUGAUAGAUAAAUAACAAAGGAAAAUGCUGGUGGGGAUUAGCAAUGUUCCCAGA